AUGAAAACCGCAUAUGGAACCGUGCAAGGAGCGCGACAAUGGUGGAAAAAGUUUGUGUCGAUCUUGAAAGAUAUUGGAUUCAAAGGUGGAGAUGCAGAUCCUUGUUUGAUGCAUUGGAACAGUGAACAUGGGAUUGUUUUCAUUGGCUUAUAUGUUGACGACUGUCUUUGCAUUGGAAAACCUGAAGCAUUGGAGCUAGUUGAGGCAAAACUGAAGGAGAAAGGACUCACUCUGAAAACCAAAAAGACCCUGAAAGAUUAUUUGAGCUGCGACGUCAGCUUCAACGAAGAUCGCACGAAAGCAGUAUUACGUCAACCACACUUGUUGAAGACAUUGGAAGAGGAUUUUGGAGAAAUGGUACAAAACAUGCCUAAAUACAAGACACCUGGAACGCCAGGACAAGGUCUCGUUAGCAGUGAAGAAGGUGUAACCGUCACACCUGAAGAACAGAAGCAAUUUCGAAGUGGAACCGGAAAGUUGCUCUAUCUUGUGAAGCAUACAAGACCUGAUAUCGCAAAUGCAGUGAGAGAACUAUCAAAGGUACUUGAUUCGACAACCCUGAGAGCAAUGAAAGAGAUGAAGAGGAUCAUCAAGCAUGUAUUGGAUACGAAAGGACUUGGAUUGAAAAUUGAACCAGUGAUUGGAUCUAAAGGUUUACUAUGGAACGUCGUUGCGUUUUCUGACAGUGAUUAUGCAGGAGACCCAGAUUCGAGAAAAUCAGUGAGUGGUUUUAUUGUUUAUCUAUGUGGAGUUCCAAUCUGUUGGAGAAGCAAAGCGCAACGAACAGUGACUUUGAGCAGCGCAGAAGCAGAGUGGAUUGCCUUGAGUGAAGUGGCAAAAGAAGUAUUAUUUAUUGCGCAGAUCCUGGAAACCAUGGGAGUGAAAGUCGAAUAUCCGAUUGUUAUUCGAGUUGAUAAUACCGCGGCAAUUUUCAUGGCGACAAAUGUCACAACGAACCAGAGAACACGACACGUGGACAUUUGCACAAAAUUCGUAACACAAUACACUGGACCGGAUGGUAUUUUGAAGAUUCUAUUUGUGAAAGGAACUGAUAAUGAAUCCGACAUCAUGACAAAGAAUGUAACUGGAAACCUACAUGAGAAACACAUCCCAAAGAUGAUGACAAAUAUCGACGAAGGAACUACAAAAUAG